AUGGUUGCUAAGUUACAGAUCCUGCCUAAGAUUAAGAUCUUUUCUUGGAGAGUGGCACAUGGUGGGUUACCAGUUGGUAAGCGGUCACGUGACACUGGCUUGAGUGAUGGUCUUUGUUCAAUGUGCGGCUUGGAAGAAGAGACAGUAGUUCAUAUUUUACGGGAUUGCUCUUAUGCCCAAGAAACUUUUAUUUGUGCAAGUAUGCAGGGUACAUUCUUGUCUAGUCAGCUUGUUUCUUCAUUGGACUGGAAUUCCAAAGUGCAUGAUAACAAACUUCAACCCCCAUGGAUAUUGUCCAUCAACGCUACCUCCCUUCAUCACGACUACCUAUUAGCUAGGGAACAUGUGCCAAGGAGAGCAAGAGCUGUGCGAUCUUCUCCAGGAGCAGCUUCAUGUAUUGACCAGGCAAAGUGGCAACCUCCCCUCCAAGUGGUUGUGGGGGUUAUUACCAAAAAUGUCAUUGGCCAGGUACUUGGUGGCAUGACUGCGUCGUCACCAGGUUGUGUCGAAGCUGGGCUUUCAGGGAUUCAUGCUCUGAAUGCAGCUCUCUCUUUGGAAGUUGAGUAUCGGUGGAUGCAUGUAAUCUUUGAAUCGGAUUCAACGCUUGUAGUCAACAAGAUGUCUGGAUCGGAGGAGGAUUUGUCCACUUUGGGUUAUCAUCUUUGGGAAGCUUGUAGGAUUUUGGAUGCUAAUUUAAAUUACAAAGUGUGUUUUGUUCCUAGAACUUGUAAUAUUGUGGCACAUUCUUUGGCUAAGUUGGCUCUCCGUUCUGGAAAUGCCUUGUAUUUUGACUCGGUUUGUCCCGAGAUUAUUACGUCUGUUGUAUCCAAUGAUUUUUCUGGCAAUUCAAUGUCCUAG